AUGAGGCGCGCUCUCCCCCCUACCGUGGAAAUCAACGACGACACCAAAGAACUCAUGCAACGAUGUGUAUCCGAGUUCAUCGGUUUAAUCACUACCGAAGCUGUUGAAACUUGCCACCAGCAGAAGCGGGUCACGCUUAAUGGUGAAGACAUCAUUGAUGCCAUGGAGUCUCUAGGCUUUGAGGACUAUGCUCCGCUUCUUAACAUUUUUAAAAAUCGUUACCGUGAGCAUCGUCUUGCUGCUAAUAUGCUGCCACCGCCACCGCCGCCACCACCGGAGCGAUUCUUUGUGCCCAUGUCAAGGCCAGAACUGCCGCUGACAGCGCAGGAAGAAGAGGCGAAUACCUUCGUUGAAUCGAUUAUCCGUGACUCGGAUGAUCCUGAGUAA